CCCUACGCCGCCUUAUGAUUGGCUGCGGGGACUCUUUCCUUCCUUUUCUCGCUCGCUGGCAGGGAGGCCGCAGCCAAGAUGAAUGACACAGUGACCAUCCGAACCAGGAAGUUCAUGACAAACAGGCUUCUUCAGCGCAAGCAGAUGGUGAUUGAUGUUCUUCAUCCUGGGAAGGCCACAGUCCCCAAAACAGAAAUCAGGGAAAAGCUGGCAAAAAUGUACAAGACAACCCCUGAUGUCAUUUUCGUCUUUGGCUUCAGAACUCACUUCGGUGGUGGCAAAACUACAGGUUUUGGCAUGAUCUACGAUUCCUUGGACUAUGCAAAGAAAAACGAACCAAAGCACAGGCUUGCCAGGCACGGCUUGUAUGAAAAGAAGAAGACUUCUAGGAAGCAGCGAAAGGAGCGUAAGAACAGAAUGAAGAAAGUCAGGGGCACAGCCAAGGCAAAUGUUGGUGCUGGCAAGAAGUAAAUGAGCAUACUUCAGAUGGAAAAUGGAUAACAGACUACAUAAUCCCAUGGAUAAGAACAGAGGGAAUCAUUCUGGACAGAAGCCAUUCAUCUGUCUUUAAUAUGAAAUAAACUGUGUCAAUAAAA